UUUAAGGCAGCAUUCCUCUCCAGGUGUAACUCAUCUUCCACCUCCAACAAUAGAACUGACGACCCUAACCAGUCAUACAAAAGAUAUGUGAGCAUGUGAUGGGCAGGGCCGAAUCAAGUGUGCUUUUUGGUUGGGGUAGGAUGAUUGAACUUGUCUUUGUCUGGAUGUAAAAGGAUCAUAUCUGAAUUUGUUGCAAAUCCCAUCUCUUCCUCAGGAUUAUACAAGAGGCAGGUAAUUGGAAUCCGAGACAUCUCAAGAAGAAAAAGUAGUCAAGGAAAUGUUUGAGGAAGAGGAAGAAACGCAGCAAGAGGAAGAUGUGGAAGUUGAGGUUGAAGUGGAAGAACCUCCACCUCAUAUAGAAGAACCUCCUAAGGCAGAAGAGCCUGCAGAAGAAGAUGACUCCAAACCCAAACCAAAGGCAUUUGUUCCAACUAUAGCUGUGCCGAAGAUACCCGAUGGGGAGAAAGUUGACUUUGAUGACAUCCACAGGAAGCGUCAGGAGAAGGAUCUGACCGAGCUGACAUCUCUGAUUGAGGCCCACUUCAUUCAGAGGAAGAAGGACGAGGAGGAGCUCAUUGCUCUUGUUAACAGGAUCGAGAAGCGUCGCGCUGAGAGGGCUGAACAGCAGAGGAUCCGUUCUGAGCAGGAGAAGGAGAGGCAGGCUCGUCUUGUUGAAGAAAAGGAGAGGAGGGAGCUGGAGGAGGCACGUAAGAAGCAGGAUGAUGACGCCAAGAAGAAGAAGGCUCUGACAAACAUCACUCAGCAGUAUGGUGGUGUCCAACAGAGGCAAGAAGGAAAGAAGGGUGCGAAAAAGCAGACGGAGAGAGAGAAGAAAAAGAAGAUCCUGGCUGACAGAAGGAAGCCUCUCAACAUCGACCACCUCACGGAGGACAAAGUGAGGGAGAAGUCCAAUGAGUUGUGGCAGUGGCUGUUGACGCUGGAGACUGAGAAGUUUGACCUCACCGAGAGACUGAAGAGACAGAAAUAUCAUCGUGUUGAACAGAUCCUCGACUAUUGCAGCAGGAACAAAGCUGGGCGACUACAGCACAAACAGAAGCGCCAAAGGAAGAGGCAAGGCCAAAGGCAGGGUGAGAUAAAUGUAAACAUCAGCAAGAGUUCUCCAAGGAAGCAUCUGAAAAUGAGGAGCAGUAUUUACUUCCAUGACAUUGUGCGCUUAAACAAUAAAAAAAUCUUGCUUUGAAGCUCAGAAA